ACCUGCGCCUGCACGAGUUAAUUAUCGAUUUUUGUGUGUUUAUAAAUGUCAAAUAUGUGGGAAUAAACACAAAAUAAAUAUGAAGCUUACAACUGGGCGAUAUAGUAUAAUUUUAGCCAUACAAACGUUAUUGUUUUUAGUAGAUUUUACAAUUAAUACAUUUUCGGUUUUAAGUAGACAACAAAAUGCGAUUAUGCUGAUAUUAUUCAUUGUUCAGGAUGCUUGUUUAAUAUUAUCGAUAUCGGCAAUGCUUUUAACAUUUUUUUCGACUUACGUCUUCCAGACUGGACUUUUAGAUUUAUUAUAUCUUAGGUUUCGAACUACUAUAAUUGUAUGUAUCACUUAUUUCGUACUGACCACAAUUUUACAUAUAUGGACUCUAAUUCUCAAAUGGAACAAUAAGUCAGUACAGUGGCCAAUUACAUUUAUUACAUUUCUCAUUAUUCAGAGAUUAGUAUCAACAAUAUAUUAUUAUUAUUAUAAAAGAGCAGCAUUUAAGAUAAGUGAUCCAAGAUUUUAUGAAGACAUUGAGUUGGAUCAAAAAAUUCAGAACAAUGGACAAGUGAAUUAACUCACUACUCAGUAUCCAAGUGAUUUGAAUAACCGACUGAUGACCUGAAUGACUUGCAUACUCAACAUUAGUGAAAAUGACUAAUAUUUAUAUAUAAGUUAUUACUUGAAUCAAUACGGCGACGACCACAUUUUAAUAUUUUACAGGUUUAUUUUGUGUUAUAAUAACAUUCGACAAAUAGAAGUUAUAUUUUUUAUUUAUAGCAAUUUUAAAUAUUUAUUUAAUACACAUAAAAAUA